GCUAGUUACUCCGUCACAUAUUUUCCAGUGUAAAACUCCACCGCGUACCAUGUCUUAGGAAAGAAUUCGAUAUAGGAGUAUCACUGCUAGAACUAGCAUCGUGACUCAGCCACCAUGCUACUUGUUCCUCGCAAAGGGAAAGCUGGGCAUUAAUAUAGUUUCCGGAACCCCUCUUCUACGUGGUGUUCUACCGCCCCGUUUAUUAUCGAAGCUCAUCAAAUUAUUAUCAGAAUAUUUAUUUUACACAAGCAAAAUUUAUUGGCGGGAUUACAUUAUACUUUAUUAUGCCAGGAAUAAUCGAGGAUACUUCGAUUGAGGUCGCCAUCGUUGGUGGUGGCAUCAUUGGAUUAUCCCUCGCAGCUGGUCUUAUCAAACACAAUGUUAAAGUCAAAGUCUACGAGCAAGCGCAAGGUUUCCGGGAGAUAGGCGCUGGCAUGGCUUUUACAGCAAAUGCUGUACAAUGUAUGAGCCUGAUGAACCCCGAUAUCGUCAGUGCUCUACGGUCGGGUGGCGCCGUUCCCGCUUCUUCAGAUAAGGACGACCCGAAUGUUUACCUUACAUGGAUCGACGGCUUCAAUAGCCGCGACAAGGAUGACCCCACAUACGAGAAGAUGCUUUACAGAUUAAGUGCGGGCCACAGGGGCUUUGAGGGGACACGACGUGACCAGUUCUUGGAGGCCUUGGUGAAGGUCAUACCGCCGGAAAUUGUAGAACUGAAGAAGCGCCUAAAUAACAUCGAAGAGAAAGGCCCUAACGGGAGGAUCCAGCUUAAUUUUGCUGAUGGGACAUCUGCAGAGGCUGAUGCUGUCAUUGGGUGUGAUGGCAUCAAGUCACGAGUAAGAGAACUCAUGCUGGGAGAAGAAGACCCGGCUUCUUAUCCUCAUUAUAGCCAUAAGGUUGCGUAUCGCGCCUUAGUUCCGAUGGAAAAAGCCGUCGAGGCUCUAGGAGAGUAUAAAGCCAGAAACCAGCACAAUCACAUAGGGCCAAAUGCCUAUCUCAUUCACUACCCGGUUGCGAAUAAGACCAUGAUCAAUGCCACAGCUUUUUUAACGGAUCCCGGCGAGUGGCCAGACGACAAGGUAACGGUCGUACCGGGACUUAGGAAAGAUCUAGAGAUCGCGUUCGCAGACUGGAACCCUUGUCUUCGUACCCUCAUACAACACUUUCCAGAAAAGCUUGAGAAGUGGGCGGUGUUCGACACGUGGGACUAUCCAGCGCCUUACUUCAACAAAGGAAAUAUCUGCUUGGCUGGCGAUGCUGCACACGCAUCAAGCCCACACCAUGGCGCCGGUGCCUGCUGUGGCAUCGAAGACGCCCUGUGCUUAUGCACGCUAAUGAGCCAAGUCAACGACAGGCUGAGGGGGGAUGAGUCGGCGUCGAAAAAUAAAAACGCAGCAGUAUGCUCGGCAUUCGAGGUCUUUGAUUUUAUGCGGCGAACUCGAGGCCAGUGGCUCGUCAACAGCAGCCGUCGCAUGUGUGACUUGAAUCAACAGAUCGACUGGAGUGACAAGAGCAAGUGGAUCAAGGCCGAGACGUGCUUUGAAGAGGUUCGAGACCGUUCGUUCAAAAUUUGGCAUUUUGAUUACGAUGAUAUGAUCAAAGAAACUACUGAUGCGUACGCAAAGAGACAACCUGUGACGAAGGGCCCAGAGAGUGGUGCAAUAUAGUGUUACAACUGGGAAUACCCGAAAUAUUUUAGCAUGGAGAUUUUCAACACUUCCAGACUCUAUUAACUUAGGUAUGUAGGUAGGUAGGUAAUGCAGAUAUUAUGCUUUUUAAUACGGAUUCAAUGUUAUGA